AUGUCGACUUUCCUAUCACCAGGACUCAGUCUGGACCGUGACUCAGCAUCGGGUAUACGUACCUUGCCCGAACUCGUCGAAUUCCACGUCAAACACAACCCCCAGCACAGAUUCUGCAUCCAAGCAGAGAAGCCUUUAAUCGAAAAUGGUGCAUAUCAAUUGACACCCGUAAGCUAUGAGCGCCUCCAGCAGGCCAUCCUUCGAUGUCAAGCAUGGCUGAGACACAACGCUCCAAACAUCCAUGCUUCUUUCUUGGACGAUCAUGGCAUUGUGAAGAGAUGCGCAUCUGUCGCUGUGCUCAUGGAGAGCCAUACUGGUCUCGCCGUUUUCAUCCUCACUCUGAUGGGCAUGGGCGUUCCGGUUGUCCUACUUUCGACACGCCUAAGCCCGGUCGCGAUCAGCCACCUCAUGCGAACAACUCGGGCUCAGCACGCGUUAGUGUCCCAACGUCUUCAGCCUCUUAUUGUCGAGGCACGCUCUAUCAGAAAUUCCGAGUUGGACAAAGAGUGCAGUCCCGAAGUCUACAUCGCGCCAGGGUAUGAGAUAUUCCUUGAUAAAGUUCCAGUCACCUACGAUGGAAAGAUAGCGCAUCCCAAUCACUUCAUCUCGGAAACACUUCUGGAGGAGUCCGGAGCCAAAGCUUUGUUGGCAGUACCAUCGAUCAUCGAGGAAAUCGCAUUGCUCCCAGGCGACCGAGGCGUUCGAAUUCUCCAAAACCUCGACUUUGUUGCUUUUGGUGGAGGCAUGCCCAAGGACUCUGUUGGGAAGAGGCUUCAAGUGGCAGGGGUGAGACUGAUCAAUCAUUACGGAGCAACAGAGACUGGCCCGUUAUCGCCUUUCUUUGUGCCCACGGAGUCUUAUGACUGGCACUAUAUCAAGCUUCGGCCUGACACCUUUGCGCCAUUGGAGGUCCAGCUGGACCCUGUUGAUGCUCAUGAUUGUACGUUCAAGAUGAGCAUGCGUCCUUUUGGGUGGACUGAGCGCUUUGAACUCCAGGAUGUUCUUGUUCGGAAACCAGGGUCACAUGAAGAAGACAUGGAGUUCUCAAUCCAGGGUCGCAAUGAUGACUUGAUAUGCCUUGCGACCGGAGAAAAGGUUCGUCCGACAAUCUUGGAGUCUCUCCUGCGUCAGCAUCACGGCGUCAAAGCGGCCACAGCAUUCGGAGAUGGCCGAUUUGAGCUUGGUGUCAUUGUGGAAACAAUCGAACCCCUUGAAGCCAGCCGCAUUGAAGCAUUCAAAGCGUCCAUUUGGCCACUCAUCGAAGAAGCUGGCCAUUCCAUGGAUGCACAUGCGAGGAUAUCGUCACAGGCAGCGGUCCUGGUUUUUCCUCCCGGUUUGCUGCCUAGAUCCGACAAGGGUACUAUACUUCGGCUAGAAGUGGCCAAGACGUUUUCGGAGGAGAUCGACCAAGUGUAUCGGGAGCUUGAGUCCAACGUGACAGCACCUCCACUCGACUAUUUGUCGCCAGAGACAACUAUCAGAAGCUUGAUAGAAGACAACAUCAAGCUAGGGUCGAACUUCAAUAGUUGGACUGAUGAGGACGAUCUCUUCGAGCUCGGCAUGGACAGUUUACAAGCCGUAAAGCUACGUAGAUUGCUCAUAGCAUCACUGAAGGCAACUAAUGCUGAUUCGAAUGAUGUUUUGAAGCCAGGAGAUAUCCUGGGAGACUUUGUUUAUCGGCACGCUUCCGUUGCCAAGCUCGUUGAAGCAAUGACUUCCAAUCGUACCGUGGUAAACGAUGCUUCUGACCCUCGUUGGUUGGAAGAGCUUGUUGAAGAAUACUGCGUAAGGGACAGCGUACGACUGCAAAAGGCAACAGUUGCCAUAACAGGAGCCACAGGCAGUUUGGGAUCGCACUUCCUGAACGUUUUGCUACAUGAUCCCUCUGUAGAUCGUGUCAUAUCUGUGAGCGAUGAACUUUUUACCAAGGUUGAGGUCCUCGAGAUCAGCUCAGCCACUGAGAAUCUCGGAUUGAGUGCUAUGCAAUACGAGUCACUUGCUCGCGAGAUUACUCACAUAGUGCACAUCGCCUGGCCGAUGAAUUUCAAGAUGACGCUUCCAUCUUUCAAUGGGACAUUCAGGACCUUACAGAACUUGAUUCAACUUGCAUGCGAUGCACAUUCUCAGGCUCCGCGAAAGAGACCGAAGGUGUUAUUCGUGUCUUCAAUUUCAACAGUGGGGAACUAUCCCGCCAUCAAAGCGGAACGCAUAGUCCCUGAGGUGGCUGUGGACGACCACUCCUGGACCCUGGGUGUGGGUUAUGCCAAAGCUAAACUCGUGUGCGAAAAGAUGAUUCAACGCGCAGCCAAGGAUCACCCGGAGAUUGAGGCUGGGUUGGUACGUUUCGGUCAAAUUGCCGGAUCCAGUACCGGUUAUUGGAAUUCUGAUGAGCACGUUGCUGCGUUGGUUGCGUCGUCUCUGACUGUCGGGAAGUUUCCUGACCUGCGAGGGGUAAAAGACCAAACCAAAACCAUGUUUCUGUCAGCUAGCUAA